AUGUCUCUAAUUCGCCUGUUGGCAUGCUACGCUGGUCUCCUCGCCGGGGCAGCGGCACCGGACUUUUCAGCAGCAGUCCCCGUUCGCUCCGCUGCUGUCAGCCCCCACCACAGGAGCCUAAACAUUAGGGCAUCUUCCCUUGCACAGGUAGCAGAGCAGCCUUCUGCCACAGAGAAAACCGAAGAUUGCUUACCCAUCCUGAAUACCUUGCGAACGGAAGGCCUGAAUGGGUUGCUGAAUGAACUGGCUAAAGCAGAAGCUGGUGAAGUUAGUGAAAUACAGCCUCUACAGCGGAAUGGUAAAAGUGUCACUGAUAUCGCAAAAGAGCUUGCUGGGUCCGACGAAAGUUGUGGAGGACCAGAAGGAGAAAAUCAGUAUCCUGGACUUGUAAUCACUUUUGAUUACUCCACGGACUUCGACUGCAAGGCUCUUAUCAAUGAGUCUUUUGCUGCAGGACUAAGCCAUCUCGAAAAGGCGAACUAUGACGCGACCGCUGAAACUAAUAAAUUGGGCACAGCUCCACUGAACGAUGCUGCAGCAAAGAAUCUUGCGGCCAUAGUGUCAAAGAAGGCCGCAAAAGUGGCGUGUGCUGCCACUUCAGGCUGCACAGCCGGCAAAAAUGUUCUUUAUUGCUAUUUCAAAGAGGCUUUGGGAAAGGAAGAAGCAAACCCAAUUGACGCUGAUGUGUACGAGGCUCUGUUGAAGCGGCAGCGGGGCUCAGCAUCUACCAUAGUUCCUGGUAUCACAGCUACGCUCUUCUCGCUCGCGCUCGUUCUGUUGAGUUAA